UCCCUUCAGUGCGUCCGGCCGCAGUCCAGCGCGUAAAGAGCGCAGCACAGAGACUCUCCGUCCUCCCCUUCUUCCACUUUACUGUCGAGUCCUUCACGGCCCGGAUUACUGCUUCCUCUCCGUCCCGCAACGCGCUCUAAAUGAAGCUUAGUUCUUCUUCGUGACUUUCUUCGCCAUGAGCUGCCUGGAUGUGAUGUACCAAGUGUUUGGUCCUCAGCCUUAUUUCAGCUCCUACAGCCCCUAUCACCACCAGAAACUGGCCUUGUAUUCCAAAAUGCAAGACCCACAGGACAGCGGCAGCCGGCUCGGCCCCGCGGGCCCCCCGGUGAUCAAAGAGGAGGACAAGGAGCUGCCGCCGGGAGCCGAGUACCUGAACUCCCGCUGCGUCCUCUUCACAUACUUCCAAGGAGACAUCAGCGCUGUGGUGGACGAGCACUUCAGCCGAGCCCUCAGCCACACGACUGCCUACCCCCCCUCAACCAGCCACAAGGCCAUAAGAGACGGAUCAUUCCCCAUGAGUCAGAGAAGUUUCCCUCCGUCUUUCUGGAACAGCUCCUACCAGCCGUCCGUUUCCUCCACGCUGUCCGCUCCCCACACAGAGCUCCCCUUCCACGGGGACCCGUACUCCUCCGCCUCCCUGCACAGCCACCUCCACCAGCCCAGCCCCGACACCUGGCACCCGUCGCAUCACCACCACCAUCACCACCACCACCCGUACUCACUAGGGAGCGCCAUAAGCACGCAGAGCUCAGCGUACUCGCGCCCAGGCGUUCACGAGAUGUACGGCGCGGCGUUCGACCCGCGCUACAGUUCUCUGCUGGUGCCGUCGGUGAGGCCUCAUCACCGCCUGACGUCCAGCAGCUCGGUCCCGGGGCCCAGCAGCUCGCCGUGCGACCUGGGAGGGAAGGGGGAGUCGGGGUCGGGCUCCUCCUGGAGCGGGGCCUUCACAGGAGCCGGAGCAGAGAUCGGACUCAACAUGGACACAGGUCUGCAGGCACAGGAUAAGAGCAAGGAUUUGUAUUGGUUUUAGAGACCCCCUACCCCCCCUUCUUCUUCUACUUCAGCUGUAGACUCUAUCCUCCACUCCUGCUCUACUCUGUCGCUCUCCUGCUCUUACAGGAUGACUCACAGAGAAACUGAAAUUUUUAGUCAAGACGGCAGUUUUGUGCUGUAACUGCUUCUGGUCUACUUGCAGCUCGGUGUUACAGCGGACUGUGCGGCAGCAGCACAGCCCUGCUGAGCUGAAAGUUGGCAGUGUGGAUACGAAAAGAGAGAAAGCAAAGCGUGGAAACAAAAGUUGGACUCGCAGAGAAGAAGCGAGGCGACAAUCUGAUUUUGACGGAUGUGGACAGAGACAAGGACUCUGUGCUUCUGUAACAGACGGGGACAACAUUCCUAAACUGGAAAAAAAAAAAAGGUCUGGGGACAGACAGAGACACAUGUUGUCGAGCUCCAAAGACAAGCAAGCGCUUAAGGACUUGGCAUGACUUGCUUCACUGCGGACAACUGGGCAAAAAAACACUGGGAGUGUUAUGGCUGGAGAAAAAGGCUGUGUUGGUGUCGAGUAGGCUGCACAGCACAGAAUCUGACAGACUGUGAAAGGCAGGAGGAGUCCAAAAAAACAUUGGUUUACAUGGAGUAUUUGGUACAAUGUCAACUGUCUGUAUCAAUGUAAUUAUUUUAUGGCACAUUAAAAAUUAAAUUAAACAGUU